AUGGUUAACUCACCGAAAUUUGUCUUUAAGGUCCCAAAAGGUGAAAAAAAAAGAUGUAGGUCCUCAAAUGUGAAUAUUGUGAAAGGUUGGACCCUGAAAGAGGGUGGUCUUGGCUUCAGAGAUAUUCUGACAUGGAAUACUGCAGCUAUUGGUAAGUAUGUGUGGGCUGUGGCCACAAAGCAAGAUAGUAUAUGGAUCAAAUGGGUAAGCUCUGUAUAUGUCAAGGAUGGGGAAUGGUGGGAGUACCAGCCUAACAAUUCUGCAAGCUGGUACUGGAGAAAGAUUUGUGAAACAAAAGAAGUCCUGAAGCAAUACUACACUAUUGCUGAAUUUAGUAGUAUGUCCUGUUAUUCUGUGAAAGAUGUGUAUCAAAAACUUAUAGGUCCAAAACCCUUGGUGCACUGGGAUCAUAUGGUUUGGAAUAGAUUGAAUACACCCAAGCACAAGUUCAUCUGUUGGAUGGCUGUUCAGGAUAGGUUACAGACAGCUGCAAGAUUAGCCAGAAUUGGUGUUUGCUCCUCCCCAAACUGUCUGUUGUGUGAUCAGCAAGAAGAGGUCCAUGACCAUCUGUUUUUUGCUUGCCCCUAUAGCAAGAGGUGUGUUGAGGAGAUCAAGAGUUGGGUUGGCUUUCACACUACUCACAGUGGGCUUCAGAUUCUCAUUAGCAGAAUUGGUAAUAGUCAUCAAACCAAAUUUCGAAGGCAAGUCUGGUAUGCUGCUUUAGCAGCAACUGUGUAUUCUGUAUGGAGGAGUAGGAAUGGCAGUUUAUGGGAUAAGUGUAUCCCAACUGUGCAUAGCACUGUUACUAGAAUCAAGCAGAUUGUGAGAGAUCGAAUUAGGAGUGUAAUGCCUAGAAAAGUGGGUGAGAGAAGUAGGAAGUAG